AUGGCUCACGAUCAAGUUUGGUUUUCUCGUCCUCGUCGUUAUGGAAAAGGUUCUCGCGAGUGCCGUGUAUGUGCUCAUCGUGCCGGUUUAAUCCGUAAAUAUAACCUAAAUGUUUGCCGUCAAUGCUUUCGUGAAUAUUCCAAAGAUAUUGGUUUUAUCAAGUACCGAUAA